UAUUAAUGGGCCGUGGCGACACUCCGCCGUACGCGAAAUUAACAUUCCGGGUUUCCACAUCCCAUAUCCCCAUUCCGCAACAACCCUAUCUCUGUUUCCUCUCUGGUUUUGCUUCUUCCAUGGCUUACAUUUUUCGUCUUCUCGCCCUCUACACCACACUCAUCACUUUCAUGGCUGGCCUUUCUCUUGCUCAGAGACCCUUUUUCCCAAGGGCCAUUAUUCUUCCAGUCACCAAAGACUUGCCCACUUCACAGUAUGUAACUCAAAUUCAAAUCGGUCAUAGUAAUAAUUUUGAUCCGCUGAAACUAGUUGUUGAUCUCGGAGGGCCGUUUCUCUGGGCCGAUUCUGCUUCUUCAUCUCAGGGUUCCAUUCCUUGUGGGUCGCUCAAGUGCUCCAUGGCUAAUCCGAGUGGAGGAUGCACCAGCAAAGAGAUCUGCGGGCUUUUGUUUGAAAAUCCCAUCUCGAAAAUGGCUGGAUCUGGAAUUCUGAAAGAAGACUCCAUAGCUUUGGAGUUCAUAGCAGAUGAGCCAAAGGCGUCUUCUUUUCUGUCUUAUGUUCCUGAUUUCUUGUUUUCUUCUGUCCCGAGUUUGUUUUUGCAAGGUCUGGGUAGUGGCGUGAAUGGCGUUUUGGGCCUUGGGAAUUCCAGGGUUUCUCUGACAUCCCAGCUUGCAAACGCCUAUGGUGGAAUUCCCAGAAAGUUCUCCCUCUGUUUGUCCUCUUCUAAUGGCGCCAUCAUCUCCGGUGACAUUCUUCAACACAAUGAUGAUGUUUCAAGGUCUAUGGUGUAUACCCCCUUGGUUUCCGGCCAAAAUGGUCUAGAGUAUUACAUCAAUGUGAAAUCAAUUAAGAUCAAUGAUAAAAGGUUGGACCUGAAUGGAUCUUUGCUGUUCUUGGAUGAAGAAGGUGUCGGUGGAGGGACAAAGAUCAGCACAGUGGUGCCUUACACAACCAUGAAGACCAAGAUUUACAAUGAGUUUCUUGAGUCCUUUUUAGAAGCUGCUGCUGCCUCCAAGUUGACUAGGGUACACUCAGUGGGGCCAUUUGAGGUGUGUUUUAAGGAUGUUGUUGGUUGGGAUGCUCCAAAGGUUGAGUUUGUGUUGCAGAGUGAGAUGGUGAAGUGGAGGAUAAUGAAUGCAAUGGUGAAGAUGAGUAGUGAUGAUGGGGUGAUGUGUUUGGGGAUCUUGGAUGGUGGGCAGGCUCAGAUUGCUUCCAUUGUGAUUGGAGGAUACCAAUUGGAAGAUAAUUUGUUGGACUUCAAUUUGGGCACUUCUAUGCUUGGGUUCACUCCUCUUAUGCCAGAAACAACUUGUUCACACUUCUCAGGAUUAUUCAGAGAUGACAGAGGAUCAGUUUGAAUGCUGCACAUUUUUGGAAGAGAUUAAUUAUUUCUUAACUACGAGACUAUAUAUUAUUUAUAAAUUGCAAGUAACAUUCCACGCAAUUACGAAUCUAUGUAUACAUAAUACAUUAUUGUUGUAAUUAGCAGCAGAUCUUUUUCUGGACUAUGAUAGAGUGAUAAACAUGUCAUUGUACUAAUUAAGUAAUUAUAACCUACUCUGUAUCAUUUCUGGCUUUUACAAAAAAAAAGAAUGACACCUCAUCCUUAAGGACCCAACACUGACCGGACGGCAUGAUGGGAGGAUGUAAAUUGGAUUAUAAUCACAAUCUGACAGAUAGAGAGUCAGGCUCUGUCCCCGGUAUGGAUCUUUGUUGUUCGUGAGUAUGUGAAAUAUAUAUUAUUAUAAACCCAAAUAUGGAUCUUUGUUGUUCGUGGAUGGGUUUGAUCUUUGCAUAUUUUUGUUGAACUUUUUAUUUGCGUUUUCUGCUAACUUUUAAGACUAGAACCGAG